AUGUACUUAACGAGCAUUACCACCCUCUACCUCCUCGCAACCCUGGGAACAGCGUUCCCUCACUACCGCCGCCAGGAUACCAGCAAUAGUACCGUCGAGGCUCCCGCAAUUAGAAUAUCCAUGGGGUGUACUAUUAUGGCCAAUGCCUGCAAGUUCUAUAUUCAGAGCCCACAGUGUACUCAAGAAUGGGUGUUAGAUGUUCAUAGGUGCAUUCCGGAAGCCUGUAUCAGUUUGAGGGAGAUGGCUAUGAGACCUUGUCAGGACGAACCUGAAGAGCCGGAGCUGGAGGGGGCGGAAGCUUAG